UCCAACGAGUUAGAGCCGGGACAUCCUCACUCGCACACAUACACACACACUCACUCACUCCUAUAUCUUUGGAUUUGUUGUCAACUUUUUCCUCUUCCUCCUGCGCGUAUGAGUGUGAUUUUUUUUCCCCCGCCACUCUCUCUCCUCCUUGACGAAACUCUUAUUCCGUGAAGACAUUUUCUCUGCAGCUCUCCAGUCUGCCUGAGGACGCAGGAGACACAACUCGCUCGGUUCCUCUGAUCCUACAACAGGUCUGGUGUCACUGCAGGAGCGCCUCUCCGCGGGAGAACAGUCCGAGACUUGCAUCAUGCUGGACGGCAUAAAAAUUGAAGAUCACCCCAUGCGACAGGGACAGGCCACGAUGGGAGUUAUGCUCGGCUCCGACUGUCACCAUCCGUCCGUGUGUGAGGGAUGCCAGCGGCCCAUCUCUGACCGCUUCUUGAUGAGAGUCAACGACUCUUCGUGGCACGAGGAGUGUUUGCAGUGCACCGUGUGUCAGCAGCCUCUCACCACCAGCUGCUACUUCAGAGAGAGGAAACUUUACUGCAAACACGACUACCAACAGUUGUUUGCGACUAAGUGCAGCGGCUGCCUGGAGAAAAUCGCCCCCACGGAGUUUGUGAUGCGCGCCCUGGAGUGCGUCUACCACCUCAACUGCUUCUGCUGCUGCGUGUGCGACCGCCAGCUGCGGAAGGGCGACGAGUUUGUCCUGAAGGAGGGUCAGCUGCUGUGCAAGAUCGACUACGAGAGGGAGAAGGACUUACUCAGCUCGGUCAGCCCCGAUGACUCAGACUCAGAGAAAAGUGACGACGAGGAGCUGGACAUCAAGCCAGAGAAAGGGAUCGGAAGCCAGGGCAAGGGGGAUGAUGGGAAGGAUCCCAGGAGGCCCAAGAGACCACGCACCAUCCUGACCACUCAGCAGAGACGGGCCUUCAAGGCCUCCUUCGAGGUGUCCUCUAAACCCUGCAGAAAGGUGAGGGAGACGCUGGCCGCGGAGACGGGCCUCAGCGUUCGGGUGGUCCAGGUGUGGUUCCAGAACCAGAGAGCUAAGAUGAAGAAGUUGGCCAGAAGACAGCAGCAACAACAAGAACAACAGAAUUCUCAGAGACUUGGCCAAGAGGUGAUGUCCAAUCGGAUGGAGGGAAUGAUGAACUCCUUCACACCGCUGGCUCCGCCACAGCAGCAGCUGGUCGCCAUGGAUCAGAACGGCUACAGCACAGACCCCUUCCAACAGGGGCUCACCCCCCCACAGAUGCCCGGGGACCACAUGAACCCAUAUGGUAACGACUCCGCGUUCCAUGACAUAGACAGCGACACGUCCUUAACCAGCCUCAGCGACUGCUUCAUGGCGUCGUCGGAAGUCAACUCCAUGCAGGCCCGCGUGGGGAACCCCAUCGACCGCCUCUACUCCAUGCAGAACUCUUAUUUUGCAUCAUGAAAUAGAGAGGCGGAGAGGUUGAAGAAAAGGAAAGAAAACAUCAGCACAGAAUAAACUGCCCGUCUCGAUCUGAAGUGCGAUGGCCCAGGAGUUUCUACACAAACGCGGAAACACCACAGAAGACACGCCUCCUCGCAGCGGCUCCUGGCUUUUGUGCGGAAGCUUCCUGUAAAACCACUUGUUGUAGGACACACCAGCAGAUUCCUGGGGAAAACUUAAAUAUUGUUAGAGAUUGAUUUGGCCGGAUUGCGUAUAUCUGUCACAGGAGAUGUGUGGCUCUUUUCUCUGUUCACUUAAGGACAAACAAGUAGAUAAUGAAGCCACUGAUUCCACACUCUCAACCCAAAUAACAGUGAAUUUACAAAGUGCAUGAUCAAUUGUAAACUAAAACUUUUUGCAAGCCCCCUCCUCCGGUUAAGAUGUGGUGAUGUCUGGACUGUUUCUUCUCUACACUACACCGUGUUCACCGUUAGCAUUUUGAUCACUUUCAAUAGGUUUAGAUAUUGUGUUAAUAGUAAAUAGGUGCAGCAUGUCUGCAAGAGUGACUGUACAUUUGUGUAAGUAUGAGAGUCUGGUGAGAAAGAGUUGUUAGGGGCGAGCGAGGAAAAAAAAGGAGGAUCAUUUGGUGGACAAAGUAGGAUCAGUGAAGUGUAAAUACUUUCCCCAGGCAAAUUGGAUGUGCAUGUUAAAAAUGGAAAGCAUUCUAUUUAUUUAACUAUAACAGGCUCUUGAAGGUACAUAUUAAAAACUGAAAAGCUUUAUUUAAAAAGGAGAGCAUUUUUUUUUUUUGUUGAGCAAUUAGUGAGUUCAUGAGUAUCACAACUCAUCUGUAUGCUUUUUUAAUAUGAAGAUUAACCCUUUUUGUUUUUUGUUUUCUUCAGCCAAGCUGUAAAUGAGCAAUGUUGCUAUUUAUUUCGUACAGACCAUAAAACUUUUGUUGUCAUUGUCAUAUGUGCAUUCUCAAAAAUGUUAAAAGUUGCUAAUUGACCAAAGUUGACUGGUUUGAUGAAUAAACAAUGUCUUUCUCCUGAUAACAUUAAA